AUGGCUCCACCUCUCUCUGUCUAUCCCACCUUCUACAGCAGGAAAAAUAACCCUACUUCGAUCCCCAGGGACUGAGUGAGCCGCAGAGCUAACAGUUGCUGCAAGGAUCUUACCUUUUACAGAGACAUGAAAAUAGCGGUGAUUGGGCAGAGCCUUUUCGGCAGAGAAGUUUACAAAGCGCUGUUAAAAGAGGGGCAUCAGGUGGUAGGUGUGUUUACCAUCCCAGAUAAAGAUGGUAAACCUGACCCCCUUGGCAUGGAAGCAGAAAAGGAUGGAGUGCCUGUAUUUAAGUUUCCCAGAUGGAGGGUGAAAGGGAGUGCAAUCCCUGAAGUGGUAGAGAAGUACAAGGCGUUGGAAGCAGAGCUGAACGUGCUCCCAUUCUGCUCCCAAUUUAUUCCAAUGGAAGUAAUUGAUUUCCCCAAACAUGGAUCCAUUAUUUAUCACCCAUCCAUCUUGCCACGUCAUCGUGGAGCCUCUGCGAUCAAUUGGACCCUCAUGCAGGGGGACAAGAUUGGGGGCUUCACCGUUUUCUGGGCUGACGAUGGGCUGGAUACAGGAGACAUUCUGCUACAGAGAGAGUGUGAGGUCCUUCUUGAUGACACUGUGAAUUCAAUAUACAACAGGUUUCUCUUCCCUGAGGGAGUGAAGGGGAUGGUGGAGGCCGUCCAGCAGAUUGCCCAAGGCACUGCACCAAAAGUCCCGCAGCCCUCAGAAGGUGCAACAUAUGACCCCAUCCAAAGAAAAGAGAAUGCCAAGAUUAACUGGGACCAAACUGCAGAAGCUAUCCACAACUUUAUCAGAGGGAAUGACAAAGUGCCCGGAGCUUGGACAGAAAUUGAGGGAAAGAAAGUUACAUUUUUCGGCUCCACAUUGACAUCGAACGGACCAGUCACAGAUGGGGUACCACUAGAAAUACCUGGAGCAUCGCAACCAGCCAUGGUCAGCAAGAACGGUCUUGUCCUGUUUGUGAAUGAUGGUAAAACGCUCACAGUAAAGAAUCUUCAGUUUGAAGAUGGAAAGAUGAUACCGGCUUCACAGUAUUUCAAAUCCUCUGACACUACCACAUUGCAACUCUCAGAAGAAGAACAGGCACUAUCCAAGGAGAUUAGGGCUGUGUGGAAACGAAUUCUCACCAAUGUCUCCGAAAUUGAAAAUUCCACUGAUUUCUUCAAGGCAGGAGCAGCCUCUAUGGAUGUAGUGAGGCUCGUAGAAGAAGUGAAGCUAAAAUGCGAUGGGCUGCAACUGCAGAACGAAGAUGUUUACAUGGCGACACAGUUCGAGGAAUUCAUACAAAUGCUGGUGCGGCGCCGUAGGGGAGAGGACAGAGAAGAAGAGCUGAUAAUUGAUUAUGUGGAAAAAGACACUAAUAACAUGACUGUCAGAAUGCCUCAUCAGUUGUUUAUCAAUGGAAAAUUUAUAGAUGCCGAAGGUGGAAAAACAUAUGAAACAUUUAAUCCAACAGAUGGAAUGGCUAUCUGCAAGGUAUCGCUAGCACAGGUGUCUGAUAUUGAUAAAGCUGUGGCUGCAGCUAAGGAGGCCUUUGAAAAUGGCGAGUGGGGGAAGAUGAACCCGAGGGACCGAGGAAUUCUGCUUUACAGAUUGGCAGACCUCAUGGAGCAACAUCAAGAAGAGCUGGCCACUAUUGAAUCCAUAGACUCUGGGGCCGUGUACACACUGGCAUUGAAAACCCACGUGGGGAUGUCCAUCCAAACUUUCAGAUAUUUUGCCGGCUGGUGCGAUAAAAUCCAGGGCUGCACCAUUCCCAUUAACCAGGCUCGGCCAAACCGCAAUCUGACGUUUACUAAGAAAGAACCCAUUGGAGUCUGUGGUAUCAUCAUCCCCUGGAACUACCCCUUGAUGAUGCUGGCGUGGAAAACUGCUGCUUGCCUUGCCGCUGGUAAUACUGUGGUGCUGAAACCAGCUCAGGUGACCCCACUCACUGCACUUAAGUUUGCUGAGUUAACGGUGAAAGCUGGCAUUCCCAAGGGGGUGGUAAAUAUCCUGCCGGGAGCCGGCUCUCUCAUUGGCCAACGGCUUUCAGACCAUCCUCAUGUCAGAAAACUUGGUUUUACAGGAUCCACUGAAAUUGGGAAACAGAUCAUGAAAAGCUGUGCUCAGAGCAAUGUGAAGAAAGUGUCCCUGGAACUGGGUGGGAAAUCUCCCCUCAUCAUCUUCAAGGACUGUGACUUGGACAAAGCCGUCCGCAUGGGAAUGAGUGCUGUAUUCUUUAACAAGGGAGAGAACUGCAUAGCGGCUGGACGACUAUUUCUAGAACAUUCGAUCCACGAUGAGUUUCUGCAGAGAGUGGUGGGAAAAGUGAAGAAAAUGAAGAUCGGUGACCCCUUGGACAGGUCUACAGACCAUGGACCUCAAAACCACAAAGCUCACUUGGAUAAACUGCUUGAAUACUGCCAGAGAGGAGUAAAAGAGGGGGCCACACUGGUAUAUGGGGGGCAGCAGGUCCAGAGACCAGGAUAUUUCUUUGAGCCAACCAUUUUCACUGAUGUCACGGAUGAGAUGUACAUAGCAAAGGAGGAGUCCUUUGGGCCCGUGAUGAUAAUAUCCAAGUUUAAUGAUGGUGAUGUUGAUGGUGUACUGAAGCGUGCAAACGACACAGAGUUCGGCCUGGCAUCAGGCGUGUUCACGAAGGAUAUCAGCAAAGCUUUGUACGUGAGUGAAAAGCUGCAGGCAGGGACAGUGUUUGUGAAUACGUACAAUAAGACAGAUGUGGCGUCUCCAUUCGGGGGCUUCAAGCAGUCUGGAUUUGGAAAAGACUUGGGGCAGGAAGCCUUGAAUGAAUAUUUAAAGACCAAAGCUGUCACAAUUGAGUACUAGACACACACCAGGAUUAUAAGAUAUCAAUUCCCAGCACAUUUUAUUUCAUUCAUUGGAAUCUAAAAUGUUUAUAAAUUAAAGGGACACUAAUACCUCAGUGAUCCUAUAUCUAAAUCCUAAAAAAAAAAAGUGUCACAAAUUUUAAGUAUGAACUUAACCAUGGAUAUCUCUGUCUUCCCAUGAACCUGAUCCAUACAACGUCAAACAGGAGCCAUCAAUUAUGUCAUUUUUUUUCUAUGUAAAAUUUAAAAGGUCCACUAAUUCUUUAAGAAUAUUACUAUUUUUGAAUAGCACACUGAGGAGUUUAUACACUUACAACUUUUUAAUGGAAAUCGGUUGUGAAAAAAGUACUAUAAUGUUGCUUGAAGUGAGCCUACACUACCUACUCAGUAAUAAAAGUAUGGGUAAAAUAUGUACGAACUUCAAUUCUUAAAGGCUAUAUUUAGAACAGUUCAAGAAUAAAAAAAAAUCUGUCCCUAUAGACCCUGUGCCACUAUGGCUCCCCUUGCUUAUUUUGCAUUUUGAGCUAAUUUGUUAAAUGAGUUGGACAGUCCAUUUUGCUAAAGAAUCCUGAAGGCUGAUUUGUUAUUAUGUAUAUUAACAUACUUAAGUGGCUGAGACAACUGAAA